AUGAUCGUAAUGGAGGGGCUGAUGUUGGUUCCGCCGGAGCGUGGGACAAUCAUCGGGAAGCCAGCGUGGAAGACUCGAUAUAUCGUCCUUGGGACCGGCGCCACGUUAAAGACGCAGAACGACCUGCUGCCGAGCUCGGGAUCCACGAGAGGCUCCGAUGGGAGGAAAGGAUCGAAGGUGAUCUCGUCGAAGCCGAGCCUGGUCGAUGUGUCGCAGCCGGGCCCGACAGGCACGGCACUCUAUAUUACGGUAUACAAGGCAAAGGGCGAUUGGGAAUUCAUAGCCCAACAUCCGGUAUCGGCAUUCAAGUCCUGCAACAUCCAAACCUUGCAGUAUCGAAAACAGAGCCCGUCCAUGCCUACCCUGAUGUUCGAGAUGAAAUCAGAUUCCUUGUCCGAGAAGCAGCGGAAGAGGAAGUCGAGCCGGACCGGGGCCCUGUCGGCCAAAGACCCCUGGGCCAACUUCUUGCUCUUCCGGACGGUGCCCACCGAGAAACAUGGCGUCUACGAGUGGCAGGCUGCCGUGAGGCCGCUUCUGACGCCAGAAGAGCCUGCCGAGGAGGUGAUCAUGACUCCCAAAAGCCCGGCCUUCAGCGCCUUCGUCUAUCCCUUUGGAAGGACCAGGAGGGCGUCGAGCGCGACCAGCAGGAUAUCCGAGACGGAUAGACGUUCCUCGAGUGUUCAAGGCCACCCCAAUUUCUAUCCGCACACGCCGGUGGUACGGGAGCGGCCCUCCGCCAUGAUAUCCCCCACUCCAAGCCUUCGAUCGCGACGUUCGGAUCUGUCAUCGCAGGCGAGCUCGCAACCUCCGCACAUGGGCUCGACCUCCGCCCACCUCCCGCACGGGUACAAUGGGACGCUGCCGGUGGACAUGCCCUCCCCGGAUUCGAUGUCUGGCUACGAAAACCAACUCAUUGAAGGGUGGACGUCCGCGCAAGGACGAUCAUCUGCCUUGUCCUCGCACACCAGACGGAGCAACAGCAUAGCAUCGCCCGUCGCGCCCGCAGCUUCCGUAGCGUCAACCCCGCCCGGACCGAGGGAAACGAUUCUCGACCGGGCGUUCCAGAUGCGUUGCAUUCCCGGGGGCGAUCGAAUCCCCGAGAAGCAAGAAGAGAAGAUCAGCAGUAUAGCCCGCUUCGAAGCAUUGAUGCGAGAAGCGGAUGAGCGGAAGAUGGCCCUUUCGCUCGCAAACCAAGGCAGGAAGGUCCGGCAGGAGAGGCAUCUCGAGGAAGAAUCCGAGCCGUCCUCAUGCGGAGAACUAGAUCUGGAUGACGAGCUCGAGCUCUCCGAAGACGAGAUCUCCAUCCCGAAGCCCGCCCAACGAGCACUGGACUACAUAUCUGGCCGCCGAACGCCCAUAGCAGCACCCACCUCGCACCGUCCCCGCUCUCCCGCCCCCGGGAGCCCGCCAGGACCGUUCUUGAAUCCUCAGGCCAUGCUCGCCUUGCAAGGCACAUCCUAUGCCGCGUCCGCUGGCCUCCGCCCCCGAACGGGCUCUACGCCCUCCGUUGUACGCCCGAGGCCGUCCCGUCCCACCUCCCUCGCCCUCCCAUCCCGCUCCACGUCAUCAAACGCCGUCCCCACCCUCCUCGACCGAGAAAGUACGAACAGCGCUCUCCGCGCCGGCACUUCCGACCCGAAAGAGAAACGCAGGAGUAGUGCGUCGGUGAAACGGCUCAGCUUCUCGGAGUUUGCAAAAAGAUUGAGUAGCACGAGUAGCUUGCUGCUGGUGCAAACGAUGGAUAGCUCCAGCUCGGGGAGAGAUGGGAGUCUGCGGGACAGCAGCGACUAUGGGCUCGAGAAUAGUGAGUUCCCAGACCGGACGGCGAUGCGAGGUGGCCUCGGCAGGGAUGCGGAAGCAGGGAGGGAUAAGAGGUGUGGGUGGAGAGGCAGCGUGUUUGGUGCGGAUGGCGGGUUCCUCUGA